AUGAUGAUGAUGAGCGAGGGAGUGAGCGUGCCGCCGUGGGGCAACCACCUCCCGGUGAGCGGCGUCGACGCCGGCGGCGGCGGAGGCGGCGACGAGACGCCGUUCCUGUUCGCGGCGCUGCGCCAGUACCUGCCGUGCAACGACGUGCUCGGCGGCGCGGGCGCGGGCGCCGAGGACGAGGACGAGGCGGCGGCCGUGGCGGCCGCGGUGGACGCCUACGCCUGCGACGAGUUCCGCAUGUACGACUUCAAGGUGCGCCGGUGCGCGCGCGGCCGCAGCCACGACUGGACCGAGUGCCCCUUCGCGCACCCGGGGGAGAAGGCGCGCCGCCGCGACCCGCGCAAGUACCACUACUCCGGCACCGCCUGCCCGGACUUCCGCAAGGGCGGCUGCAAGCGCGGGGACGCCUGCGAGUACGCGCACGGCGUCUUCGAGUGCUGGCUCCACCCGGCGCGCUACCGCACGCAGCCCUGCAAGGACGGCACCGCCUGCCGCCGCCGCGUCUGCUUCUUCGCCCACACCCCGGACCAGCUCCGCGCCAUGCCGUCCCAGCACUCCAGCCCCAGGAGCACGCCCCUGUCGCCGCUCGCAGAGUCCUACGACGGCUCGCCGCUCCGUCGCCAGGCGUUCGAGAGCUACCUCAGCAAGAGCAUCAUGUCCUCCUCGCCCACCAGCACCCUGCUCUCCUCGCCGCCCAAGUCGCCCCCGUCCGAGUCGCCGCCAUUGUCCCCCGACGGGGCCGCCUCCUUCCGCCGCGGCUCUUGCGGCUCUUGGCCCGGCGUUGGGUCGCCUGUCAAUGACGUCCUCGCCUCGCUCCGCCAGCUGCGCCUCGCCAAGGCGCAGGCGUCGCCGUCCGGUGGGUGGUCCGGCUACCCCACCUCACCUGCCGCCUACGGCUCGCCCAAGGCCGCCGGCCUCUACAGUCUCCCCACCACCCCCAUGGGCGCACAGACUGGCGCCUCCAGCUUCAUGCCCAACCUGGAGCCACUGAACCUCCGCUUCCUCGACGACGAGGAGCCUGUCCAGAGGGUGGAGUCCGGGAGGGCCCUCCGCGAGAAGGUGUUCGAGCGGCUGAGCCGAGACGGCGCCGCACCGCGCAGCUGCGAGGUCGGUGCCGGAGCAGGAGGCCCCGACGUCGGCUGGGUCUCCGACCUCAUCAACUGA